UCGCUUGGCAUCGAAACGCGACCGGAGGCGGAGAGACCGACCAGUGCUGGUCGGAGGCAGGAUGGAGGCGGGCGAACAAUGCUGAAACUCGUGCGGAGGCGGUACCUGCUGCUGGGGGCCGUGGUGCUCAGUCUGCUGGCCGGCGUCUACUACGCCAACUUCUCCGCCAGGGACGAGACGGCCGUUCCCGCGGGGGCCCACUUCCUGUCCGACGAGCCGCGGGCCCCCGCGGCCGCCCCCGCGCACACCGAGGCCCCCGACUGGCACGAAAAGGAUGCCUUCGUCUCGGCGGACAACUGUCCGACCCGCAUCGACCCGGCGCCGGCCGACGUCGACACCGUGCCCACCUUCAAGCAGUUCGACUUCCAGCCCAACUGGAUGAAAAGCAAAGAAUACUGGGACGGCCAAUUUGAAGAAAGAUACAAAAAGCGGAAAGCGGAAUGGGCCGACCUGCCUCUCAAGGUUAUCGUGGUACCUCACUCGCACACCGACCCCGGCUGGCUAAAGACCUUCGAAAAUUAUUUCCACUACCAGUCGAGGGUGAUUCUGAACAACAUGGUGGACAAGCUGCAGCAAUACCGCAACAUGACGUUCAUCUACACAGAAAUCUCCUUUUUCGCCAUGUGGUGGGAAAGCGCCCACCCCACAAAGAGGAAGAUCGUGCAAAGUCUGCUGGACGAGGGCCGGCUGGAGAUCAUGACGGGUGGCUGGGUCAUGACCGACGAGGCCACGGUUCACCUCUACGCCAUGGUCGACCAGCUCAUCGAAGGACAUCAGUGGGUGAAGAACAAUUUGAACAUCGCCCCGACGACCGGCUGGUCGAUCGACCCGUUCGGACACGGCGCCACAGUGCCGUACCUGCUGAAGGCGUCUGGGCUGAACGGCACCAUCAUCCAACGCAUCCACUACGCCUGGAAGCAAUGGCUGGCGCAGCGGCAGAUGGGCGACUUCAUCUGGCGCCAGAACUGGGCCGGCGACGAGGACGCCAUGAAGGCCAGCGACAUGCUCACUCACAACCAGCCCUUCGACAUUUACUCCAUCAAGCACUCCUGCGGACCCCACCCACAGGUCUGUCUGAAUUUCGACUUUCGCAAAGUUCCUGGCGAGUACACGGACUACUCGGUAAAGGCUGUCCCGAUCGACGACAAGAACGUGCGUGAAAAGGCCGACCUGCUGCUGGAGCAGUACGGCAGGACGGGCUCUUUGUUCCCGCAUAAUGUGGUGUUGAUGCCGCUGGGCGACGACUUCCGCUACGACCAUGAUAUAGAGUGGGACCAGCAGUACAUCAACUACCAAAAGCUCUUUGACUACAUCAACUCGAACCCCACCCGAUAUCAAAACACGCAAAUUGGCUUUGGCACUCCAUCACAGUAUUUUAAGGCGAUUCAAGAGAGAAUGGACCAAAUGGACAUGCAGCCGCACACGCUGAAGGGCGACUUUUUCGUGUACAGUGACAUCUUCAGUGAGGGCCGGCCAGCCUACUGGUCAGGCUACUUCACGACGCGGCCCUACUGGAAGCAACUAGACCGCGACCUCGAGGCGAGUCUUCGCUCGGCCGAGAUUCUGUACACGGUGGCGCUGGGCAGGGCGCGCAUGCACGGCGCCAACCGCACCGUGCAGCUGCUCGAGAGGGAUUUCGAGCGGCUGGUGCGCGCCCGCCGCAGCCUCGGCCUCUUCCAACACCACGACGCCAUCACCGGCACGUCCAAGGCCUUUGUCAUGCACGACUACGCCCUGAAGCUGUUUGAGGGCAUCCAGGACACCAUGUCCAUCCAGAGCCGCAGCGCCCACGCCCUCCUGCUGCCGCCCGCCGGCCUUGACUCACCUGAGAAGCCCACCGCCAAGCUUGGACAGAUCCUCCUCUCCGACACUGACCGAGAGACGUACGAACAGCAGCCGCGAAAGGUUCCCAUCCUGGUGCCGCACAAUGAGCCCAGGAGGGUGGUCAUCUUCAACUCUCUGGGUCAGCAGCGGCAGGAGAUCGUUCGCGUGAGGCUGUUCUCGCCGGAUGUGCGAGUGCUGGACACGAACGGCGCCACCAUUCCGUGCCAGGUGAACCCGGUUUGGAAUGCUAGCAGCAUGCUGCAGGACCAGUUCGAGAUCCUGUGGGUGGCAGACCUGCAACCUUUGGCUCUCUCCACUUACGUCCUUGAACGGAUUGCGGUCAAUAGCAACCUUCCAACAAGAGCUGUUGUGUACUGCUCUGACUGCACAAAGAAGGACAAGGAGGGCAUCCCCGAAGCCAGUCCUGAGGGUCCCUUUGAAAUCCGCAAAAUGCAGGCCGGCGACAUUCAGCUGGAGAAUCACAAGCUGAAGCUGCUCUUCGACGGCAGGACAGGCUUUUUGCGAGCCAUUACCAAGAAAGGCACUGGCCGCACGACGCAAUGCGCCAUCCAGUUCGCGGCGUACCCCUCGGCGCAGUUCCACAGCGGCGCUUACCUCUUCAUGCCCGACCCCAAUUCGAGGGAGCCGGAAAAGGAGGUCCUGCAGGACGACAGCCAGGAGAUUGUCAUCAUGUCUGGACCCAUUUCAUCCGAGGUCGUAGUUAGGUAUGGUAAGCUGCUGACAAUCGUGGUCAGGGUGUUCCACGCCACUGGGCCCCUGAGUGAAGGAAUUUCAAUCGAUACCCUCAUAGACUUUGACUCGCCGCCCAAGAACCGAGAGACGGAGCUCUUUAUGCGGCUUGUGACCGAUAUCAGCAACGGACAGGGCCCCGAUGGCUCCGUUCCUGAGUUCUACACCGACCUCAACGGCUUCCAGAUGCAGAAGCGGGUCAAGGUCGAGCGAAUCGGAAUUGAGGGCAACUAUUUCCCGGUCACUUCCAUGACAUAUAUUCAGGAUGGCGGGCGCAGGCUGAGUCUUCUGAUGGGCCACGCGAUGGGCGCCGCGAGCUGGCAGCCAGGUUGGCUGGAGGUGAUGCUGGAGCGGCGGACGCUGUACGACGACUCCCGGGGCAUGGGCGAGGGCGUAGUGGACAACAAACGGACGACGACGCGGCUGUGGCUGCUGCUGGAGGAGCUGGGCGCGGCUUCGGGCUCAGAGGCCGAAGGAUUCUCGCGGCCGAGCCUCUUCGCGCACCACAUGAGCAACGCGCUGCUCUACCCGUCCACGCUGUUCGUGGUGGAGGGCGGCGAGCAGGCCGGCGAGCUGCGGCGCCGCGUGGCGCUGCUGUCGCGGCCCCUGCCGUGCGACACGCACCUGCUCAACCUGCGCACGCUCGCCGACCCGGUGUACGCGCAGUUCCCGGCCGCGUCGGCGCUGCUGCUGCUGCAGCGCCAGGGCCACUCGUGCCGCGUCGCCUCCCACGUGCCACAGUGCGGCCUCUCGGCCGACGGCCACGGCCGCCUCCACCCCGGCACCGCGUUCGCCGAGCUGCAGCUGCGUUCGGUGCGGGAGACGUCGCUCACCGGGCUGCACCCGGGACGCCGGCUGCCCGCGCUCGACCACCUCGCGGUCCGCCCCAUGCAGAUCACGGCGGCAAACGUGACCUUCUCCACCCUGUGAUAGCGAGACGAACGCGUCCACCGCAGGGCUGGCCGAGUGAACAGCCGCUGCACAAAAUUUUUCCUCUUUUUUCCAAAGAAUCGGUAUUCUUUAUUCUAAAAUUUGUAAUUUAAGUUGAAAAAAUCGGAGCGAGAGGUCAUUAACCAUAAGUUCAGAUAAUGUAAGAUUUUUUAUUGUAUUUUAAAAAGCAAUAGAUCAUUUCCCAAUGAGCCCUUUAAUGUUUAUUUUAAUAGUUACAUUUUUUACUUACAUCUUUCGAUAAACAGAGCCGUACAAAUUUUAAUUUUCCUCUCAAAGGUUUCCAUGAAUUCUGGGAGAAAUGAAGUAAUUUGAAAACUUUAAAAAAUAUUUCAAUUUUAGGUUUUGUCUCAUUGAAGUUUUAUAGCUAAUUUAGAAUUUUUCUUGAAAGAAAAUAUAAUAAUCAGACAAAAUUAAUUGGAGCGUAUUUCAUUCAAUGCUUGUUUUGCUUAUUUUGGCGUUAAAUGUCCAUUAUUUCACCAUUCAGAUAUUUCCAAUUUUGAUUUAAAAAAAUUAGACAAGGCUUUGCCACAAACACAAAGUACACAGACCGACAAGAUUAAGUCUUGGUCUGAACUAAAAAAGAGGGGUUUGGAAAAUUUAAAUUAGAUUUUUUCGACCAAAAUUUGUUUAAUAAGAAUUAAGCAGUUAUUUAGUAACGAACAGUUAUUGGUCAAAUUUAUCAAAUAUAAAAUGCAGAAUAAUUUUUGCUUAAAGGAAGCCAAAUUCUUCUUUUAACCUUUUCAAGAUUAAAAAAUUUUAACGACAGCUAAGUGUUUAUAAUUAUUUACAAAUAUUUUGGAACAAUGUAUUUGAAGAUCAAUUAAAAAUUAAAAUUUUAUGCCACGCGUCUUAGCUUUUUGCUAUUUUUUACAGAGUAUAAGCAACUUAAUUGAGACAUAAAUUCUCAAAUUUAAAAAUACUAAUUUUAUUUAUUGUUAUUAAAUCUCUAUUUUCCGCAUUUUAACCACUGUAGAACCGACAGCAAAUGUCUCAAGUUUUUUAGGUUUUUACCGCUAUUGGUUCAUCUGAAUUUGUCUUUCAGCAUGUCAAAUUAAAUUUGUACGCCAGCACUUGGAAGCACCCCCAAAACUCUGGCGAAUCGACAAAAUAUUGAUUUAUUUUAAAAUGAAACUAAAUUGUUUUUGUGAUUAAUCAGAGCGCACCAAAUCUCUCAACUAAAAAUCUCAUUUGGUUUCUGGACCUCGCAACUCUGAUUUUCUUCGAUCAUCAAUAAAUCUACAUUAUAUUAAUUUCAGUUAAAAGCUAUGUUAUUUUUAAAAAAAAGGCAACUGUUAAAUUUCCUGCACGACCACGCUAAGCAGUAUCGUCCAGAAUAAUUUCUCCCGUGAAGUGAGUCUCAGCCAAAAUUUGAGCCGCAGAGAUUCGCAGCCCUGUGAGGCCGCCCGUGUGAUAACUAUUGUGUUUCUCAAUGUGCGUGUGCGUCCCGUAGAAGCUGCAGUAAUCGACUGAGCCAGAGACAAAAAGGUGCAGGGCCUUCCCUCUCCUCUCUGAAACUAUAUUCGAGCGGUUAUAAAAAAAAUCAUAGGCGCCUGGCCGGAGAAUGGGGCCAAACGCCUGUUGCACCAACUGCUUUUUAAUGUAUAAAAAUACAAUUUUAACCGAAGUUUGUGUUUGCUGUCAAACGGAAAGGUGUUGCUGCGGUACAAAAGGAGGCUGUUAAUUCUUAUUUUGCAUUUACACACGCCUUUUGAUUUUUUACAAACUAUAAAACAUUUUUUACGCAACGGCCUCUGGAAAUUUGUACUCGCGGUCACGUUUCCGUGAAUGAUCGGUGACUUUUGCACGUCAAUUAAAGUUGUGGAAUCAAUUUCAACGCGAAGCACUUGCAGAAGAAGUGAGAAUAGACCCUCAACAAUGCUUUUCGCUGCUCGAGGGACCGAUUGUUGCUCUCUAGCUGAUGAGAUAUAAAUGUGCGUUGUUAUUUGGAUCUGCUAUUUAUAUACACACACGGUAAAUAGAGACCGUCUCUUUUUUUAUUUUACGUUUUUCAAGUUAGACUGAACGAUUAUGUGCUCCUAUUUGCAUCGACUCCUUUCAAACAACUGUGUGCUCAAAAUCAGCCCCAAAAUUACCUGUUAUUUUGUGUAAUGAGAGAAUAAUAUAUAAAGAAGCCAAUCUGGAAGGAGCAAAUUAGCCCGUAUCAUAAAUAUUAUGCGUUUAGAAUAUAAUUUUAUGUGCAUCGCAAGGUACCAGAGAUUUGUAUAGAUCCAAGACCUUUUUAAUAAAAAUGGCAGAAAUAAUUAUGUAAAUAA